AUGGACACGUUCUCGGUGAAUACCGCAGUAUCCAGACGUUCAUGGCCGAAAACUCUGCCCAAGAAGAAGGAUACCGGCCAACAAUAUCGAAAAGAAGCGUCUGUAACUCUCCCCGUCUUGGCUCGACGCCUUAGUGGGCAGAUCGGCACUAGUACACGCAACAAUUCGUUGCACUCAUUUCUCGCCUCGCAACUUGAAGAAAAUGACCGUGAAUCCUACAGUCGGAGUCAACUACGUGCAAUGGCGAACUCCAAACUGCUUCCGAGCAAUAACAAUAACGUGGCAGUAGCAAACGCACGAAUUCACAGCAGCGCUGAACGUCUGACACCACUGGAUCCCGCUAGCUUCGAAAAGACCAGAAAUCAGCAGCGUCGGCCGCUUCCUGAGCCGAUCCAGACCGCAAUCAACGAAGUGCUGGCUGUACGAAAUGAGGAUGAAUCAGUAACCGAGAGUGGCGAACGCUGUGACGAUGGUAGUAUCAACUUUGAUGAACCAGAGACGCCAGCAAUACCUAAAGUCAAACGUGCAAGUCCAUGCAAAAAUCAAAUACAAAGCCGACGACCGGAAUGGAGUAGAUACAUCCGCCGCAUCAUGAUGACGAAGGGUAUUCAGGGCUCCACCUUAGCGCGUUACCGUCGUCUUGUGGGAAUCGUUGCUAGGAAGAACCUGAAUCAAAGUUUCGCAGGUGCCGCGGAGCGUGUUGUGCAGUACCGACUGGAAUUUCGUAGCGCUGUUGCGAUUCAGAUGAUGAUUAUGAGAUUUCUAACUCGACGACGACAAGCCAAGCAAUUGCAAAGACAUCGAGCUGCUGUUAAAAUUCAGCAUGUCUGGAGGAGGAUACGUGAGCUUGAGAAGCAAAGAAAACUAGCGGAAGCUCAUCGAUUAGCAAAGAUCGAACGAUUACUUUGCUUAAGCGCGGCGCGCUCAAUCCAGCGAUCAUUUAGAAAGUAUCGCCACAUCUGCUAUCUACGAGAAGUAGAACGUCGUCAACAGGAGCAGGCGGAUACGUUACAGAAAGCCCGUCUCAAACUGUUGCGAAGGUAUCAAUCCUGGAGAGAGAACUCAAAGCGAGUGAAGGCUGCUAUAACAUACUCAGAGUUCACCACGCUUGAUGUUUCGUCUGGUGAUAUUCGAAAGGAGAAGGAGAUUGGCUGCGGCCCUCAAGAAACGGGUCCAUGUUCCGAUACCGAAGUGACGACGAAUUGCAUCUCGAUCGUCAAAGGUGAACCAGAUGCAACUGAAAUUUUAGAUGUAGCACCUCAUCAAGACAUCCUCAACACAACGGAACAGACUCCUGUCCUGAUCGACGAAGGGUUGCAAAAGAGUGACGAGCGCUUGAGCGAUCAAGAGUUGGAGUCCUGGGUGGACCUCUUUGAGAAUUCCUUAAUUGUACCACAGCAGGAUGAAUCACCCGAGAAACAUGAGAGCGUGACCACUGCUGCGCCUAUUGACGAAAGCCAAACCACCUACCAAAAAGAACUUGCAGUGGAUAUUUCUUUUCAAAAACGUUCAUCACCAUACAAAGAGGUUGGACAGAGUACGUCAGAGAUUGGUCCUGCUUCGGAAGCUAAAACGGUACCUGAGGGCGAUGACGUUUGCGAUGGGAACAACGAAGGUGUAAGCGAUGUUGAAAUACCUGCAGCUCUCGCAAGUCCACGUGAUUUAGAACGACCUCCUGACCUUCAAGUGACCGAAGAACAGAGAGUGGAAGAGCUGACUGACCGAGCUACAAUUGCAGCUGUAGCACUCGCCAGAGCAAUUGCAGCACAACGAAUUGUUCGCUUAAUAUUGCCCAAUUUCCAGGCCAGACAAGCACAGCGAACAAACGCUGUGAUUCAGAUUCAGUGUCUCGCACGCGUGUAUCUAGCAAAGUUGUGCUUGCUUCGUGUGCGCUUAGCUGCAUUACACUCGCUGCGCGCACAGCUACUCGCGAGCUGGCGUUCAACGGGCCAGAUUGAAACGAAAGCAAAUGUGGACGAAUCUGGUUCCUACGGUACUUAUCUUGACCAACACGACGAUGAAGACGAUGAUCUUGACCUAGAGCUGCAGGGAUACCAGCCAUCUCUUCACGGGGUUGCAGACAACUAUAUUCACGUGCUACCCACGCGGAACGGUCAAAUUCCACCGGGUGUACCGUUGCUACAAUCCAGUGCUGGAGCGCCACUUCUUUCGCUCUGGAAGUGGAGUUGGCCUACUGAGCGAUGGAUCAGCAAUAAUCAGUAG